CAAUGGCUGGCUGGCUCUUCCCCCAACUACCUUUCCUCUCCCGGCUGCUCUGCCUCGCCAUAGUAGGUGAGCAAGAAUCCCCGAGACCUGGUUCGUCGCCGACUGUGACCGUUCCAGAAGAUCAUCAGGGCCGGGGCGCCCCCAAUUCGAACCGCUGCUGUUCUAAUCCUCGCUUUUCUGCAACCUGGACCUGAAUAAAGAAUCCGCCGUCGAGGUGGACAACAAAAGGGAAGGGUGAGCUGUUCAGGGCGGCGGGAUCGAAGAUGCCGGAGCAUUCAGAGAACGCGGCGGCGGACCUGAUGGGUAACAUCAUGGAGACCAUCGCGGAGAACCUUCCGAAGCAGAAGUCAGUCCGGUUCGACGACGGCGAGGGCUCCAUCUCCGACCAGGCCAAGAAGCUCUUCGGCGGCGGGCAGGCCGGUAACAAGAAGUCUAUCCACCAUGUCCUGGGUGGCGGGAAAUCCGCCGACGUGCUGCUGUGGCGGAACAAGAAGAUCUCGUCCAGCGUGCUGGGCGUGGCGACGCUGGUGUGGGUCUUCUUCGAGUGGCUGGACUACCACUUCCUCACCAUCGUCUGCUUCCUGCUCGCGCUCGGCAUGGCCGUCCAGUUCGCCUGGUCCACCUUCGCCGCCGUGCUCAACAGAGGGUCCCCUUCCAGCGUGCCUCGCGUGCAGCUGCCGGAGGAGCUGUUCGCCAACGUGGGCGCGGCCGUCGGCGCCCAGGUGAACAGGGCGCUGGGCUUCCUCCAGGACGUGUCCUGCGGACGAGACCUCAAGCAGUUGCUCAUCGUGAUCGCCGGGUUCUUUGCGGCGGCGAUCGUCGGCAGCUUCUGCAACUUCUUGACAGUCAUCUACAUCGGGUUCGUGUGCGCGCACACGCUGCCAGUGCUGUACGAGAGGUACCAGGACCAAGUGGACGACUUCCUGUACAACAUGCUGGGCGUGGUGCAGAGCCAGUACCAGAAGCUGGACACCAAGGGCAUCCUCAAGGGUGGCGUCUCCAAGUUCAGGAAGAACGAGUAGCUAGCCAGUGGCAUCCCAUCCAUUAUUAUUCCCCUCGCUGCUUCAUCAAUCAUCAGCAGGAGCAGGGCGAGCUAGUAGUGAGGUUUCUCUCCUUCCUCUGCCUGCUGCCUGCUGUGUAAUCAGUAAUCUAAUCUCUAUGAUUGCUUCAGAUUUCAUCUCCGUCUCCAAAACUAAACCGAUCGAACUGCCAUACAUUCUGUACAGAGAAUAAUAACCGUGUUGCUGCUGCUAUACAUAUAUACUACUUGUGUAAUGAUAUGACAUUUUAGCUUCGCGUGUACUGAUGAAUGCACAUUGCACUAAAGCUUACGUA